AUGUGCGUGAGCAGUGGAUUGUGUAGUGUACUGAACUAUUUACUGCAGUCUGCAGAGUUCCUAUUAUUUCACAUAAAGUAUUGUUAUUUGUUUUUGGACAUUUUUUCUUAUAUUUUCUUUCUCGGGAAUAUCAUUACUGCUGGGUUGGCUAACCAGCCGAAUUAUUUAUUUUUAUCACCCCUCCCUCCCUCCCUUCCUUACACUUUUUUUUUGUACCCCACAUGUAGCAAGAUUGGAAUAGAAACUACCGACUCUAAGCGUAUGUCUCUGCAAGCUGUUGGCUGGCUGAGCACAAAACUUGGCAUUAACAUUGGCGGCCGCGGAGCCUCUGGAGAUGGUUCCACGUUAGAAUCUCGUCCAGGAUCCGCUGGUGCGUCAAGGAUAGACACAUGCUUGCACAAAUUGACGGAUGUUGUUUUUGGUUCCGGUGAUAACAGCCACGGGGGUGUGGGAAACCUCGGUUUGGACGCUCCUUUCAGUGGGGCAUGCAACAGUGGUGCCCACAGUGCGUGUAACAGUGAUAAGGUAGAGUUGGACGAAAACGGUCUCCCCGUGUCGAAGAACUGGUACUACUUUGAUAAGGAGCUAAAUCGCUGGAACGUGAGCCCCGAUGCACCGGAGAGUAUAAAGGCUGAGUUCCAGCAGCGCUUGCAGGAGGAGGAACUUGAGCGUUCAGGGGAAAAGGCCGUUCCGCUGCCGCCACCGCCACCAAUGCAACGCGGGUCAUCGUCUUUUGUGGGGGCGCCACUGUCCCGUGUGAACCAAGGUGGUCAGCCAUUUGUUUCUGGUCUGUCGCAGCAACCGGGUUCGUAUGGUCAUGGUCCAUUUGGUACGCAGCGAUCUACUGGGAAUAUUCCUCACCGGCCGCAGUACGCCCUUCCGGACUACUUCGCUACGACUUCAGCACCGACGCCGGGUCCCGAAUCUUACUCUCAGGUUGCUCAACAACAUUUUUCCAGUGGUCCGCAGCAGCCACCUUAUGGUUCAGACAUGGUGAAUACAACUAAUUUAGGAUGUAGUCCGUUUCCCCAGCAGAUGUACCCGCAAAGUGUACCGCAUCCACCAACAGUGCAACAACCACCAUUAUCACCGCAACACACAUACCAACAACAAUUUAGUUAUCAAUCUCAGCAACCUUCAGCAAUUCAUCAUCCUAUAGCAAGUGUGGCAAGUGGUGGGAACCAUAUGCCAUUGAACCCCGAUAGCAACCAAACUCAAUGGCAGCUGCCGCCCCCAACCUUCUAA